GGGGCGGGGCAAAUGAGAGGGCAGCGUCGCCUGUCAAUUCGCCGUCAGCGUCAGCGGGUGAAGAAAUCCAUCAAAGAAGGGACGAUGGCGAGGGGUGGUAGGAGCUUGAGGAGAGUCGCUGAGUGCAUUAAACAGUUACCUUCAACAGCCAGCCGGGAAAUACAGACGAGGAACAACGUAAGGUAGAGUAUUUCAUCGUUUAAUUUUCGACUCAACACAAAAAGCAAAGGAACAGACACACCUCAGCCGAUGGCACUCAGUAAACUGAGAUAGUUUCGAUGCUAAGGAUAGUCUGAAAGUCUUUCUUGUGUUUAAAACGAAAGGGUCAAGCAAGAAACAUCAAUUAGCUGCUUUCUUAGCAUUCUUUUUCCCUUUUAGUUGUCUAUAAAGGCUUAUAAACAUGCUGACUUGUCAACUACAGCACCUCUGUUGGACUGCGGUUUUUGGGUCACUAUCGUCCUACAUGCUGUCACUCAAAUAACAUCUUUCUCGACUCUUAAAAAUCCUCCUACAUCAUAAUCAGUUACUUUAAACUUUUUGCUAAACAAAGUCUAUUAUUAAGCUUGUGUUGCUCAAACACUAAAACUAAAUGUCAACAGCCUAAAACUGGUUAGAGCUGGUGAAGCAUGUAAUUCAACUGAACAUAGCUUUGCCACAGUGAAAAAAAGGAUGUGUAAAAUUCAUUAACUUUAAACUGUUUUUAAGUUUUAUAAGUGCCAUGCGAGUGUAUUUUUAGAUGUUUACAACAUGCUCUAGUUGUCUAUUGAACAAUGUUUAGUAUUGAGUCCUAAAAACACCACAAAUUCUGCCUCUUUGGAGAAUAUGCAGCCUCUCAGUUUCUGACCUCAUUACCACAUGCGGUGAUCUCAGAGGGCAGGGAUGAUAUAAUGAUGAGAUUUUAUUCUGAUCAGCGGCACAAAUGCUGUCUGAGGGAGUAAGGUGCAGAGAGAUGCAGAGGUGGAAAAACACAGAAACAAAAAUGGCAAGUGCUCCAGAAGAACCUGCUCCAGCAUUGAGCUGAAUGAUACACCACCCUUGUUGCUGAAACAUUCAGAUUAUCACAGCCAUAGCGAGCAUGUUGUUAUUAAAAAUAAAAAGCCACCACUACUUUCUUUUGUCCUCGAGUGCUUUGAUACAAUAUAGGUGCAUAUAUUGGCUUUAGCAACCAGUUACAGAGCAGUACAUCAUCACAGGAGCUCAUUUGAAUGGACUUUUAAAAGAUAUGUAGGUGAGCUAAGGAGGGGCUUUUUUCUCCCACAUUGUCAAGGUUACAAGUCUUAGUGAUUGAUACAUGCAGAGACAAAGAUGACAGCAUUUUUUUUUUAUUAUAAACUUUAAACUUUACAUGUUACAUUACAAUUGCAACAGAUAUCAAACUCUCAUGCAUCUCUAGUUUGAUAAGUCAUAGAGCAAAAAAAGCAACUGAUCUGCUGAUAAACAAUAUCUUAUUUUCUGUUUCACCCGUUUGCACUUAUUACCUCAUCUCACAGUAACUUUACAGUCAACUCCCUCACUUGCUUGCAAUUGUGACAGCUUUGGGUUAAAAGCACAACUUAGGAACUGUAUUUUUUAUCAACUUUGGCACUUUUAUAAAUUAUCAAUUGGAAAGAUAAAGCAGAUUCUAUCACCUUCAAGCAUAGUUUAUUUAAAAGCAUCUAACAAUUUUACAGACUUAAUAAAAAUAAUCACCUUUUGUCAGUUAGAUCUCCAGACAUUGCUUGACCAAGCUUUGGCUAUUAUUUUACACCUUUACAGACAUGAUUAGUAUAUUCUAGUACAAAAACACAAUAAUAGUACCUAAAUAUGACUUGUUUUAUGCUUGUAUGUACUCUAGAAGUGUAAAUACACACACUCAAAAGGAAAAGUGAAAGUAUAAGACAACGGAAAUACCACAGUACUUCACAGCUGUCUCAAGGAUGCCAAAAAUCAACACUUGGGCCUUUAUUUAAAAGUGAUUAUUGAAGGAUUGUGCAUAUUUUUUAUGAAUUCAAGAGUAAAACAUAAACUGAAUAAAAAAAAUAUUGAAAUAAGAACUUUGUGACUUGAGAAACAAACAGGCAAUGAAAAGUAGAGAAAAGUUGACGUCAAAAAAUGAGUUUAGUGUAUUGUUGUUGAUUAUGUCACUACUGCAGCCUUACCAUUUCAUGAUUCUAAGAGUGAUAAGCUGUGGUUUCUUAGUCUCUCAUUGUGGUUUGACCUUCUUGAGCUGCUGCUCUGGUACGAUAUUUGCAUUAGCUCUGGAAAUUCAUUUUUAUCUUUGGUUUAAACUCUACAGAGGAAACUUUUUUUAUGUGAGCCGACAGGUGCUAGGAGAGAUAAGACCACUGGGGGUUUCUCUUUCAACGGGAAGACAACUGAAGUCCAGAUUAGUUUGAGACAAUGCUUUUAAGGAAGGUGAAUACUUUGUAAGUGUUUCUCAGGAAAAGGAGAUGUAACAUGCAUGCCAAGUUGUUCAUUUGGCAGAGCUUUGACCAACAGUUUCUUCACCUUAAUGGUCAAAGCUCUGCAAGUUUGUAAGAGGUUGCAAAACUUAGUGUGCAAAUGACCUCUUUGCUCAUCUGAUGCCAUGCAGGGUUAGGGUUCGUCUGCCUCUGCACAGUGCAGGAGUUGAAUGUGCAUGCCAUCCUCCUCCUUUGCUCUGACAUCUAAUAACUCAACGACAACCUGCCAUAUCUGCAUGGACUUGGCAGUUUGAGGUCAGCGCCAUGUGUCAGCUGUAUCACAUUUCAGGUAGUAGUAAGUGGAUAUCUUUGAAGUGACCUGUACUGGACCAUCCGUUCAAAGCUGCACGCACGUCAUGAGAGGCACGGAACAGCAUUUGGGGAUUCAAGCCAAGAGGGACAUCGAUAUUCUCAUCAGAGCAUACAAAGAGGUUACAUAAUGGUUAGUUAAAGCAUCACAGAGAGCUUUGUUGCGCAUCCAAACCAUCCGGUGCCAGGGACAUCGUGGAACAGGGUGCCACAGGUGUUGUGGGUGACAGCUGGGCACAGUGUACAAACCAAACACACUGGUAUUUCUCACAGCGGUGGCAGACACAGUGGCUUUGUGCUCAUGACGUCUGUGGAGGGUACAGGGCAGAUUUUGCCCGUCCUGGUUAAUGAAGUCAGCUCCAUUCAUGGUAUCAGUUGGGAUCAGGUCCCAGUGUUACUGUGGAAAUAGUGAAGAAAAGAUGCAGUUUAUUUGAUGAUGGGAUUUUGAUGAUCCUUAUUGGAUUAUUGUCACUGACUUUAAUAGUUUUGUGCAUAGUUACUUUUCCUUGUAUUUGCAUUUUCUUCACCUAUACCAGCGACUGUAAGAUCUUAAGGAGAGGUCAUGUUUGCCAUGAGGUUUUCCAUGUCAUAAAAGUAAAAGGAAAACAGAAAAUAUUCAUGUUUAGAAGCUGAAAUAGAAGGUUUUUUUUCUGAUUUUAGUUGCAGAUUUACUCCACAACUGGAAACUUAUUGAUUUAUCAGUGCAGAUAUGCCUACGUGGUGUGUCCAAGUAUUUAUAGGUCACUGAGGCUAAUAUUAAAUCUGCUGCCUUGACUUUGUUCCAUAUUUUGUUUAAGUGGGGUCUGUACGUGUCUGACCUGGUUUUAUGUCAAAGUCAAAUGUUUGGCAGGAGAUGCAGGAAGGUUUCCACGUAGAGUCUCGUGUUUCCCUGAAAUAACGGCCUGUACUGCAGCAUAUUGAUUUACAGGUAUGAAAGGAUUAUAACACAAGGACUUUGUUGUUGUGGGUUCUGAGGAAUCCACCUUGAUAGAAACUGUCGCCUUGAUCAGGGGUCAGGGGGGGAAAAGGAUUGACUGGAGGACUUUUUGGAGUUUUAAAACUUAAUAUUCAAUGAUAAAAUAAAAGUCUGUGUUUUUAUUACAAGAUCAGGAGUUGACCCGGUGUUCUCUAGAGUGAAGGCAGACCUGUGUCAGCGCAGGUAUGCUGGUAUCUGAGAGGACUCUGUAUUGAUUCAAACCCUCACUGUGAUUCUCUGACCCGCUUUGCGUUUGUUUUGUGAUCAGAUAUUUGUCGUCAUGUGGGAUCCUGAUGACUCGUGUACCUCCGCUGAUCGGAGCAGCCAUGCCGGGCCGCAGUGUCACGUUACCCACCCGCAGCUUCUUCAACCUCGCCGACUCCCUCUCCAAGAAGAAAGAGUACUCAGAGAGACGCAUCAUUGGGUAAGCAUCAGUAGAUCUCGACUGUAAAUCAACUUUGGUUGAAACUUGAAAUAUUUUGUUUUUGUAUUAUUCACGUUAAAAGCUGAAUACACUUUAUUAUCACGUACAAAUACCAAACACUUGGGUUGAAAAAUAAACAUCCUGAACAUGGCCGCUUGUUAUCGUAACCUGCUGAAUCACCAUGUGUAGCAAAACUAAGGCGUGUUCACACAUUCAUCAAAUAACUCCCCUUGUACUUCGUCAUGUGUGUUUCUGUUUUUCACUGUUGUUGCUCAUUGCUGAGUCAAAUCUGGAUUCGAUCAAAAACAAACUGUUCUUCCUUUGGAUCCAUGAUACUGGAUUUUUGCCAUUAUCUUAUAUGUUACAGAAAUGUUCACACAUGCCGCUAGGACAAUUGACUUGGUGUCUGCAGCUUUCUGAACUGUUAUCUGCAAACAUCAUGAAAUAACAUGGUGCAUCUGCAUCCUGAUUCCUCCCAUUUGUUUGAACCAAAAUCAGCUCUGUUAUAUGAACUCUAUUCAAGUCAUCACCAGCUUGUCAAAGUUAAGAAUAUGAACUAAAACUACUUGUGUUAAAAGGUGUUUUCCCCUUUAUUCCAUCUGUUGUGUCUAAUGCAUUUCAUAAGACACACUGAAGACUGUUUUUGUUUGUGCUGGAGGACAGAAAGUUAGUCGAUUCUUGUAAAAAGUCCCUUUUCUCCUCCGCUUCUUAUGCAAAAACUGAGUCAUCUCAGAGGUCAGAACUACACAUGAUCGAAACCCACAACGAGUGAAUGCAUGUCUGAGAUUAUUCUGUCAUGAAUCAUACAGUUAAGUAUGAUCUCUGUAGCUGUGGUGUCCGCAGCUCUUUUAGUGUGCUUGUGUGUGACACACUGAAUGUUGUCUUUGUUCCAUAGAGAGGUCAUAAUCACUAAUCUGCUGUAAAAAUAGACUCGGGUUGCAGCAGCGGUGACUUUCCCUCAGCAGGACUCAUUAAGUUAUAUAACUAACAUAGGAAACCUGGUCACCUCUGGCUUUUAUUUUAGUUUUCUUUGUUUUUAUUCCUGUUGUUCCUCUUCUCUUCAUUCCUCAUUCUUCCUCUCUGUCUGCUCUCUCUCUCUCCUCCUCCCCUGACCCACUUCUUCUUUAAUGGGUCAUGCAUCUCGUACCGUGCCAGCAGUGUUUAAUGUUACAUGUUAUGUCACCGCUGCCGCUGACCCGUUUCUACUUCCUGACGCGCACACAGAGAGCUCAUGGGUUUUUUUCCCCUCUGCUUGCCUCCUCAGGUAUUCCAUGCAGGAGAUCUAUGAUGUGGUGGCGGGAGUGGAAAACUACCGCCUCUUUGUGCCCUGGUGCAAGAAGUCCGACGUGGUGUUUAAAAGAGCCGGAUUCUGCAAGGCUAAACUGACUGUGGGCUUCCCUCCCGUGGUGGAGAACUACACUUCUCUAAUCACUUCAGUGCGCCCCCACUUGGUCAAGGUAGGGUACUUCAUGCCUGCAGAUGUGUGCUGGCAGACUGAGCUUUAGAGAGGUGCAGUUUCAGAUCAAGCUGUCAGAGUAUUAGAGUGAAGUUGGCACAGAUUUUCCGUCUGACUCAGCAAACCCCCCGUACCUGACAAACUUGUCAUAGAUUGCAUGUUUCAGCCUGAUAUGAGCCUACUGUUUUGGGGGAUCUGCAUACUCACGAUUCCUAUUAAGAACCCUUUAUGCUCUGAAAUAUUCACACAUGCACUCCACACAUAUUUUGAUAUGAGUUUCUGAUUGGUCCUUUUAAAUGUUAGAUGAUAGUAGAUAGUAGAAGCCUCGAAUUGGUGUACAGACCGAAUCAAAGUUGAUACCAUCUGUCUAGCACAGUCAGCUGACAGUACAAAUGACACCAUAUCACUAAUCUAUGGGCUUUGAAAAUACACCAAUCAAAAUCUGUCCUUUGCUUGCAGGCGUCCUGCUCAGAGGCCAAACUCUUCAACCAUCUGGAGACAGUUUGGCGUUUCAGUCCUGGCCUCCCAGGUUAUCCUCGAACCUGCACAGUGGAUUUUGCUGUAAGUACUAGUUCUCUUUAUGGUGAAUAUAAAGCAAUGAAAACUGUGGUUUGACUCCUGCGUGUGUGUAAAUACAUGUCUGCUCUCCCACAUGUUUGAGCGUGGCACGUUUGCGACUGUGGUGUUGGAUUUCAUACUGGAUCAGCUUCAAACUCACACACAUGACCCUCACAUGUGCACGGUUUGAUGUUGUGCCUCUAACUUUGUCCACCUCUCCUACGUCAGAUCUCCUUCGAGUUCCGCUCCCUCCUGCACUCGCAGCUCGCGCACGUCUUCUUCGAUGAGGUGGUGAAGCAGAUGGUGUCAGCCUUCGAGCGUCGAGCUUCGAAGGUAUACGGAGCCGAGACGCCCAUCCCGAGGGAGCUCAUGUUCCACGAGGUCCACCACACGUAGCGCCCCUCCCUGCCGUACUAGCACAGACACACACACACAACGCCCAACGCCAGAACGACAAAAAAGAGAGAGAGGAGGAGAGAAGGAAGAGACUUGAUGUGUUCGGAUAACCACAGUGCCUUUCUCAGAGUUCAUUCCCAACAGUUUCCUAACUGUGUUUUAUUUUUGUAUGAAUCAUGUGGAUCCACCAGCUCAUUUUACACAUGGUGCUAAAAACCCACAGACUUUUAUCACAACGAUCUGCUCCUGGUAAGAUGGUAAGAACGUAACUCUGCGGGUUUAGAGCCAGAAUGUAAUCACACCUGAAAACAGAGCUACACUUCUCUAACCGACAUUUCCUGAAACUUUGGUUUCAAACUUUGACCUUGAAGCUGCUGUUGGAGGUUUCUGCUCCAAAAACAUGUCAAAAUAAGGAGGCCAAGUGUUACACAUCAGGGGCAAAACAGAGAUUUCUACCAAAACUUCCGCUGUCAAAAUGGUCCAUACUCAAAUAUUUUUCAAUAGCAUGUGUAUAAAUGAUAAAAUAUACAUUAUUUUUAUGUUUGAUUCUAUCAAAAAGCACCAAAGCUUAUGCAAAAAAAACAGAUGUACCGUCAUAUUCUCAACCUGAGGCUGCUGCAACUAGGGAGCAGGCAAGCGGCAGGGAUUGACCAAAUGAGGAUAAAGUUAAAAAAAGAGUUUUGUAUGUAAAACAAAGCAGUCAAGUGAAAAAAUAGAUGUUUUCGCAUUUAUUUUUUCAUGGUGGAUUCACUCUUUAAAAAACUUGCAACACCUCAGCACAGAAGUGCAGGAAGGAGCUGUACAGUAUUUUAUUGAUAAACGGCUGAAGUUGUUUCUCCCUGUCUGUUGCGUGUUUCUCUGCUCUGCCCUCCGUCACAGCCAAGUCAAUUUACUUUCUUCGACAUGUCUGAAAAUAAUAUUUUACAUCAUCAAGUGUCGACCAUCAUCUGUGCAGCUCUGAUAGUCCUGUGAGGAUUGUAAACUAUGGAGUUAAUGUUCAUUUUAAACUAUGUUUAUAAUUGUGGAGAUCUGAGAAAUACACACCAGAACUGACAUAUCUGGGAUAAGUCCAAACAGGACGACAUCAGUCACAUCAGCAGAGACAGCAGAGGUGUUCACUCUCUUUUAUGGAUUUAUCAUCCAUCAUGAUUCAUGAUUACAAGGUUUUGUCGUAUAUAUUAAAUGUCACCUGUGAUUUGAUAAAAACAAUAAACAGGCAAAGAAAGAAUGAAGAUCUGAGGCUGCAGGAGUAAAGGGAGCAACUAUUUUAGGGAAUUUCAGCAGGUCUGUGAAAGUCGUGUUAGGAUGAGUGGCUGGGCUCUGAUGGGUCAACUGAUAACAGCAGCUGUAAAGGCAUUUAAAGUUUUUAUUUGUAAAUCAAGUCAAUGCAAAAGCACUUAAGUAGAUAGGCUGAUGCAGAGUCUCCUCAUGCUGUACAUUAUAAGAAAAUAUUAGAAAAGCAAAAGUUAGAGUAGAAAUCUGCACAAAGUUAAAAAAGACGUUAACCCAAGCUUUUGAGAUGUCUUGAUUGGAAUGAGGACGACUGUUUCUGUUUUUUAUUUACUGUUACAUGCGCUCUGCUCUCAGCUUUACAAAGGGAGCAAUGCUGGACGUAGAGACUCACUAAAUUAUACAGCAAUAAAUGUGCAAUAUCAUUAGUAUACUGUAGGUGUUAGUUUUAAGAUGGAGCUGAGUAAACAUGCUGACACUCAGUGUCACUAAAAAGGGCCCAAACUCUGAGUCCCUGCAGAGACGAGGUCAAACAUCUCUACCAGAACACCUUCAUAACCCCCGUAACCCUUUACUGAGUGCCUCUUCGCCUACAGGCAGCAUAUUUAUCUGUUAUUUCAAAUAUAUAAUACUCAUUUUAACAUAUUUAUUACUUAGUUUUAAGUGUAAAUAUUGGUUUGAAGAUAACAGAAAGACCUGUACACUGAGAAAUGUGUUGUUUUCUUGGAGAAGGACUCGUGUAAAUGACGUUUGUGUUGAUUGAUUUCAGAAAGAUAUACCGACUGCAUGGUUUAUAAAGUAUUUUUUCUAAAAAGCUGAU